GAAUAUAUAUUAUUGACAAAAAGUCAACUAAUCCUGCUAUUGAUUUGCUCAGUUGAUUCUUCCAAAUUCUUAGUUGACAUGACAUGCUUAUUUCAUGUCUUCUUCCUCCUCUUCCUCUUUAUAUUAUUAUCUUCCCAAUUCUCAUAAAAGAAAGAUAGAGAUUAAUGGGGAAAUUGAAUACCCAAAACCAACCAGACCAAACAAUCAACCAUUUCAGCCAUCCUCAUCCCUUAAAUCUAACAACAAACUACUACAACAACAACAACAACCCAUCAUCAAUCUGCUCCGGCUGCAAACUCACAAUCGUUUCUGGUCAAAUCUACUCAUGUCACUUCUGCAAAUUCUUCCUUCAUCUCAAAUGCUCUCAAAAACCCAAACAAAUCAAACACCAAUUUCAUCCAAACCAUAUCUUAACUCUCCUUCCAGUUCCUAUUUACCCAGAAGGAUCUUUCAAUUGUGAUGCUUGUGGUAAAAAUGGAGAUGGUUUCUCCUAUCAUUGUCAAAUCUGUAACGUUGAUCUUCACGUUCUUUGUGCUUCCAUGCCUUUAUCUCUUACUAAUUCUUCUCAUCAUCACAAACUCAACCUCUUAUUCUCGCCGCCUUACGAAAACGCAGCGUUUUCAUGCGAUGUUUGUAAGAAACCCAGUUCUAAAACUUGGCUUUAUAGAUGUGGGUUUUGCGAAUUCGAUUGUCAUUUGGAUUGUUCGAAUAGUUCGGCUCAGGUUUCUAUUCAACAGAUGAGAACUGUUCCGAUGGUUCAGGCUCAGACACGGAUGGUUCAGAUUCAACCCAUGGGGAUUGCUACUCCUCUGUUUCGACCUUAUAAUUCGAUGAAUCCGAUAAUGGCUGCUCCUCUUCCUCCUCCUCCUAAUCCUAAUCUUAUGCAGAAUUAUGGAUAUGGGGUUACUAAUAAUAGACAGAAUAGAAUGAUGGGUAAUGGAAUUGUGAGUAAUUUAUUUCAUGGAAUUGUCGAUGGGGCCUCUCAGACAGCCGGUCAGCAGUUGUUGCAAAAUCUAGUGGGCGGCGGCGGCGGUAUAGAUGGUGGAGAUUUUGCUGCAAAUCUUUUUAGCUAACCAGUUGGCAGCCCUGAGGAUGACCCGACCCGGUUAAGUUACCGGGUGAAAUGACCCGAAGGGUUAAGUUUUAUUAUGAUUAAUGAAUAAAAUGAUUAAUAUUCUAAGUGAGAAUAAUUAAUCUAUAUCUAGUUUUACUGUUUGGCCGCAGUGGAAUUAUUAUUAUUAUUAUUAUUGUUAUAUGUUUACUCGGUUGCAUUGGAUUUUUUAACAAUUUGUUUCAAUAAUAUAUAUGUAUUUAUGUGAACAUGGAAAGGUAUAAAAUCCACAU